AUGUCAGAUCACUGUCAACCGGCCAUCUCCAACAUUGACAUCUUUGUAACUCUUGGGUUGAAUGUCUCCACAGACAUUUACCUCAUGAGCAUUCCCAUACCCAUGCUAUGGCGUGCUACCAUGAGACCGAUGAAAAAGGUUGGGCUCAUUGUGUUGUUUUCUGGUGGAGCGUUUGUGACGGUGGCAGGAGUGUUGCGAUGUAUCCUGAUUGUUACAGAUCCCAUCAACGGCGCUCAACAAGCAGGUUCCUGGGCCGUCCGGGAGACGUUUGUGGCUGUGGUGACUUCCAAUCUUCCCAUGUGUGUUCCCCUAAUUAACAGAUGGGGUCGACCAAUUUUGGGAAGCCUAAAGUCCCUCAAGUCAACAACGGGCAGGAUGACACGUUCUGGCCGUUCAGAUCCGAAGCAUGGAGCGUUCAGGCUUGAGGAUAAGAACCCGAGACGUGGAAUGGGGCCGAGGAGUGUCAAUCCUAUCACUGAGCUUACGAUAUCCGAGACGGAGCUGGCUGAGAUUCAGCACCAGGAGUAUUUUUGGAAUCCCAAUAAGGGUCGUCAUGACCCAGAGAGCGGACUGGAUGGUGAGGGUACGAGCCCAGGUGGGUUGAUCUGGAAGCAGACAUCGCUCCAAGUGUCGGAGUCGAGAAAUUACCAUGGUGAUGGUGUGGAUGAGAUUGACUUUGGGGAUUAUUAUCUUGUGGAGCAAGCAAAGAAGAGCGCCGAGAUCAUGGCCACUUCGCCGACUGGAAGGAGUUGGAAGACUUCGAAUAGCAAUCGCCAGGAUCGACGAUCGCCGUGAAUAGCAGCAUGAUGUCGACACUGCCGUGAAUACUGAGGAAGUGGGGUUCAUGUUUAUUGUGGUCAUUCCACAAUAGAGGGACAAUAGUGAAUAGAGCGCACUGAAAAGUGCAUUGUCGAGCUGCCAGCAUUGGGCUGUGGUCACCACAAUGGCAGG